AUCAAUGGAUCCCUCUGAUCAGGGUGAAUCUUCUGACCAUUCACAUACUAUGACUAGAAAUAUUCAUCUAAGAUCUCGCACUGCAACAGAUCCAUCUAAUCCCGAGGAAUCUUCCUCACCCCAUGAAGGAGAUCACAGAGGUGAAAAUCUUUUUUCACGUUCAGUAAGUGGGGAAUCUUUUACUACAAAAAAAAGCCUUUGUAGACACCAGAGAAUUCACACAGGUGAGCGUCCUCAUUCAUGUUCAGAGUGCGGGAAAUCUUUCAAUCGUAAACAUCACCUUGUUAAUCACCAGAGAAUUCACACAGGUGAGCGUCCUUAUUCAUGUUCAGAGUGCGGUAAAUCUUUCAGUCUAAAAAGACAGCUUGUUAGGCACCAGAUGAUUCACACAGGUGCAUGUCCUUAUUCAUGCUCAGAGUGCGGGAAAUCUUUCACAGAGAAAGGAGACCUUGUUAUACAUCAGAGAAUUCACACUGGUGAACGUCCUUAUUCAUGUUCAGAGUGCGGGAAAGCAUUCAUUUGUAAAGGAGACCUUGUUAUACAUCAGAGAAUUCACACAGGUGAGCGUCCUUAUUCAUGUUCAGAGUGCGGGAAAUCUUUCACUCAGCAAGGAACCCUUGUUAUACACCAGAGAAUUCAUACAGGUGAGCGCAAUUAUUCAUGUUCAGAGUGCGGGAAAUCAUUCACUCAGAAAAAAGCCCUUGGUAAACACCAGAUAAUUCACACAGGUGAGUGUCCCUUUUCAUGUUCAGAGUGCGGGAAAGCAUUCAUUUGUAAAGGAGACUUUGUUGUACACCAGAGAAUUCACACGGGUGAGCGUCCUUAUUCAUGUUCAGAGUGCGGGAAAUCUUUCACUCAGCAAGGAACCCUUGUUAAACACCAGAGAAUUCACACUGGUGAGCGCAAUUAUUCAUGUUCAGAGUGCGGGAAAUCAUUCACUCAGAAAGAAGCCCUUGUUAAACACCAGAGAAUUCACACGGGUGAGCGUCCAUAUUCUUGUUCAGAGUGCUGGAAAUCUUUCAGUCGGAAAGGACAGCUUGUUAGGCACCAAAUGAUUCACACGGGUAAGCGUCCUUUUUCAUGUUCAGAGUGCGGGAAAUCUUUCAGUCGGAAAGGACAGCUUGUUAGGCACCAGAUGAUUCACACUGGUGAGCGUCCAUAUUCUUGUUCAGAGUGCGGGAAAUCUUUCACCGUGAAAGGAAACCUUGUUAUACACCAGAGAAUUCACACGGGUGAACGUCCUUAUUUAUGUUCAGAGUGCGGGAAAUCUUUCAUUCAGAAUUCACACCGGCGAGCACACCAGAGAAUUCACACAGGUGACCGUCCCCAUUCAUGUUCAGAGUGCGGGAAAUCUUUCACUGAGAAACAUAAACUUGUUAUACACCAGAGAAUUCACACGGGUGAGCGUCCUUAUUCAUGUUCAGAGUGCGGGAAAUCAUUUGCUCGGAAAGGAGACCUUGUUAAACACCAGAGAAUUCACACGGGUGAACGUCCGUAUUCAUGUUCAGAGUGCGGGAAAUCUUUCAGUUGGAAAGGACACCUUGUUAAUCACCAGAGAAUUCACACGGGUGAACGUCCUUAUUCAUGUUCAGAGUGCGGGAAAUCUUUCAGUCGGAAAGUAUACCUUGUUAAUCACCAAAUGAUUCACACGGGUAAGCGUCCUUAUUCAUGUUCAGAGUGCGGGAAAUCUUUCACAGGGAAAGGACAUCUUGAUGUACACCAGAGAAUUCACACAGGUGAACGUCCUUUUUCAUGUUUAGAGUGCGGGAAAUCAUUUAUGUGUAAGGGAGACUUUAUUAAACACCAGAGAAUUCACACAGGUGAACGUCCUUAUUCAUGUUCAGAGUGCGGGAAAUCUUUCACCGAGAAAAGACACCUUGUUAUACACCAGAGAAUUCACACUGGUGAGCGUCCUUUUUCAUGUUCAGAGUGCGGAAAAUCAUUCACUCGGAAAGAAGACUUUGUUAAACAUCAGAAAAUUCACACGGGUGAGCGUCGUUAUUCAUGUUUAGAGUGCGGGAAAUCUUUCAGUCGGAAAGGAGUCUUUGUUAUACACCAGAUAAUUCACACAGGUGAGCGUCCUUAUCCAUGUUUAGAGUGUGAGAAAUCAUUCUUUCGUAAAACAGACCUUGUUAUACACCAGAGAAUUCACACGGGUGAAGAUCCAUAUUCAUGUUCAGAGUGCGGGAAAUCUUUCAGUCGGAAAGGACAGCUUGUUAACCACCAGAGGAUUCACACGGGUGAACGUCGUUAUUCAUGUUCAGAGUGCGGGAAAUCAUGCAUUCAUAAAGGAGAACUUGUUAACCACCAAUGAAGUCACAUGG